GUCAUCCAUGAAAUUCGACACACCUCAAUGUCAAUUCUCUUGUGGUAAAUACAUUCUCGAGAAACACUGAGGCUAUUCAUAGGUAGAUAAGGACGAGUGUCCAUAUUGCGUCGAACUGGCCUGGCAUUUACUUACAUAUACGGGAGCAGAAUAUAUAUAUAUGUAUUUGGACGAGGUACUUAUUCCUAACAAUACUUUUCAAAUGUGUUCAUGGAUAGAAUCUGGAUACAAGGACUCAUUCUUGUCCCCACUGUACAUAGAUACAUUUACAUGUGUACAUAGUUCAUGGCUGAAGUAUUGUAUGCCUUGAUAUGGCUUGUCGAAUAAGAAAAAAAUCCGCAAAAAACCCGCAGUGGACCAUAUUAUGUAGUGUCCAUGAAAUUAGCCAGUUUUCAUACGACACCGACCUUGAUAAGUGGUCUGUUAAUUAUUUGGCACAUACAUAACUUCGGAAUACAUAACUUUUGUCCCUAUCGUUAAUAGUUGCAAAUAUGUCAGACUUGAGGUUUUUCUUGGAAGACGGACAAAUUCCAGCCACGCCAUUUCUCACCUCGCUGUUAACUCUGGUAAUCUGGUUGCUACUACGAAACUGGACAUGGCGAAGUAGGAAUACCAAGGAAAACCGGUAUCACGACUCCAACUACGUAAAGGGACUUCCUUUGGUGAGAGGAAGUCUCCCAAUAAUUGGCCACGGUUUACAAUUUAGCCUGAACAAGACCGAAUUUCUGAAACAAUGUUACGCCACUUAUGGAAAUGCGUUCAAAAUUAAAAUAUUUCGUGUAACAAUGGCCGUAUUUUGUGAUCGGAGUUAUGCCUCGGAACUAUUUAAAUGCGGGGAGGAAAAACUAUCUUUUUAUGAAAUGUUGAAGGGUAUCUAUCUCGGAGAAGCGUUUAAGGGGUGCGGUCUCAAGCUGUCUUCAAUGUUAGGAUUAAUUAAGAAAGGAACCUCCCUCAAGACGGAUCUUAUUUUUCCCGUGAUGCAAUCCGAAGCGAUGGAACUAAUUUCAAAUCUUCGUCAUGAAUCCAAGCACGCGGCCAAUCAACUCGUAGACAUCAAAACGGCCGUGUCUCGCUAUGUUUCCACGACGAGUGCGAAAUGUUUGAUUGGCGUGAAUUUAACCGAAGCCAUGUUUCAAGACUUGGAGCAAUUUGCGUGCAUUUUAAAUCAUGGGGUCAUAGCGUCAUACUUUCUACCCAAAUGGAUUAUACGAUUCUUCAUUCAAUGGAGACUGGAUAAAUUAUGCAGUAAAAUUGGGACUGGAUUGAACUCAGAAAUUGAAACGUAUCGACAAGACAAGGACAAAAAGUUUUCAUUAAUAUUACGAGCCGCUGUCGAUUCUACGAAUGAGGUUACCGGGCUGCCCCUGUCGAAUAAAGAAAUUGCCAACAUUUUUGCAUGCAUUUUAUACGUGAGCUCGGAAAACACGUCGCUGGGGUUAAUAAACACUCUUAUCGAGAUAUCCACACAUCCCGAAGUUUGGAAUAAAGUUCGCGCAGAAGUUCAACCUCUCCUUGCAAACAAUGACAUCCGUGGGAUUAUGGAUGCUCCAUUUUUGGAUGCCUGCAUUUUGGAAAGUGCUCGACUGAACUCGCAUCUCUUCGCGAUAGGACGCACCCCCACGGGAAUGAAAUCACUCGGAGGUUAUUCCAUUGGUGAUGUGGAUACGGUAGCAAUAUGUGAGUUGCUCGUACACAUUUAUGGAUCCGCAAGUAACGUUUUUUCGGAUGCUACCCGAUAUAACCCGGACCGAUAUUUUUUGGACGCUGCAGGAAAGAAAGAACCACAGGAUAUACUGACGUGGGGAUCAGGUUUGCACGCAUGCCCGGGAAGGAUUUUUGCAAAGUAUGAAAUAAAGAUGGCAUUAGCUAUGUUUCUCACUUAUUUACCUGUGGAUGCUAAAUUAUCACGAAUUUCGGAGAAGGAGUAUUUUUCUCCGAGUGCGUUUGCAGAGCGUAGUUUUCUAGCUAAGUUUAAACUUGGUGAGCAUAUUAUGCUUUCUAAAUAAUGUUUGAAAAUUAAGAGGA